AUGUGGCGGGUGAAAAAACUGAACCUCAGUGCGUCAGGUUCGCCCGAGCCGGGACAACCAGUUAUGAGAACUCUUCUCCAAGAACUUAAUCUGCAGCCGGGUGCCCUCACCAACUCUGGCCAAAGCCCCCCAGUGUGUUCUUCGCUGACCCCAUCACUGUGCAAGCUGACGCUGCAGAAAAGCAGCAACAGCUCAUCUCCACUAGAUUUUGUUGGUACCAAGAGGACAGAUUCCCCUUCAGAGCUAUUCAGCCCUCCCUCAAAGUGGCAUGAAUCAGAUGAGCUCCUAGAAGAGAUUCCUCAAACCAACUCUACUCCCAAAACAUCUGAGAAAGCAGCUGACCCACUGGACAAUGAUCCAGUUAAAAACAUGGUCCUUGUACCCUCUCCAACAGGGCAGCAGCAAGACAUUACACUUGAGGCCCAUUUAGGUGCCAUAGCAGAGAAAAAUAGCAUCUCUCUAGAUGAGCCUUUGAGGCCAGGAGAUCUAGUAAGAGAGGAGAUGGCACCCUGCACAGAAGAUAGUUUUUUGGAAGUUGCUGCUAUGUCUGAGAAACCUGCAUUUCAGGAUCCCCCAUGCAGUCUUUUGGAGGUUCCACCAAAUCCCUGCUCUGAGCAACAACUACACUGCCCCGAGAAAAGCCUGACGGACAAUAGGACUGAAGCUGUGGCUGAGAACUUAGUUCCUUCUGAAAGUAAUGCCUUCUUGUCCUCCUUCAUGCUCUGGUGUUCCCCUUCAACUGCUUUGGAAACAGAUAUCCCUGUCAGUCAUGUGGACCCAGGGGAAGAGACUGGAGAGCACAGAGUGAUACAGGAAAGAGAAAUAAGCUUUCCAACUCACCCUGAGGACGCUGCAUUAGAAGAUCAAGCACUUGUCUCAAUUACAGAAGAUAUUCUGUCCACAUGCCUAACACCAAAUCCAGUGGAAAUGGUAUCCGAGGCAGCUCCAGACCCAGCAGUGGAAGAUGCUGGUAGGAUUCCCAUCUCUGACACAGGGCCCUGGAUGUCUCCACUGGCUUGGCUCGAAAAAGGUGUAAAUACCUCAGUCAUGCUAGAAAAUCUCUGCCAGAGCUUGUCCCUCCCUUCUGUGCUUCGGGAUGCUACGAUUGGCACAUCCCCCUUCUCUACUUACUCAGUGGGGACUUGGCUUACUCCCCCAGCCGUACAGGAAAAGAGUACCAACACAUCCCAAAAAGGCCUGGUGGGCACUAAGGAUAGUACUUCUGAGACAGAGCACCUCAUGUGGGGCCAUCCUCCAGAUCUGACUGCUUUAUCUCGACAUGACCUGGAAGAGAACCUGCUGAGCUCUCUUGUCAUUUUGGAGGUUCUCUCCCGCCAGUUACGGGACUGGAAGAGUCAGCUGGCUGUCCCUUACCCAGGAGCACAGGACAACAGCACACAGACUAAUGAUUCUCCCAGUGGGAUAACUGAGAAACCUCAGCAGCUUCAGAAUUGCCAAGAGAUUGGACAGACUCUGCAGCAGGCCAGGAGUGUCAUGCAAUCAUGGGUGCUGGUCUCUAAAGAGGUGAUAUCCUUGAUUCAACUAUCCCUGUUGCACUUAGAAGAAGAUAAAACUGCUGUGAGUCAGGAGUCUCAGCGUGCAGAAGCCUUGGUGUCCUGCUGCUUUGAUAUAUUGAAGAAAUCUAGGACAAAGGUCAAGAGCCUUAAAGCAGAGAGGGAGGAGGCAAGGCAUAAAGAGGAAAUGGCCCUCAGAGGCAAGGAUGCGGCAGAGACAGUGCUCCAGGCGUUCUGUGCACAUGCCAGCCAGCGAAUCAGCCAACUGCAACAGGACCUGGCCACCAGGCAGGAAUUUAGAGCUCUGCUAAAUGAGACCCAGCCCCUACUGGUAGGGCUUCACGCAGAGCAAGAAGAGCUGGCUGAGCAGACAGCAAGUCUUGCUUCUACUUUGCAACAGGACUGGAUGUCCAUGCAACUAGAUUAUAUAACAUGGACAGCUUUGCUGAGUCGGUCUCAACAACUCACAGGGAAACUCGCAGCUAAGAGCCGGGAGGCCCUACAGGAACGUGAUGCUGCAGUUGAAGAAAAGCAGAAGGUUUCCAGGGAGCUGGAAGAAGUCCGUACUCACUUAGAGGACUGCAAAGGCCGAGUGGAACAACUGGAGUUGGAAAAUAGCCGUCUAGCAACAGAUCUUCAGGCUCAGCUGCAGAUUCUGGCCAGCUUGGAGAGCCAGCUAAAAGCACUACAGGGUCAGUAUGCUCACUGUACCCGGGACCUGGCCGUAAAGGACGACUUGCUCUGUCAGCUCACCCAGAGCAGUGAGGAGCAGGCUGCUCGAUGGCAAAAGGAAGAGAUGGCACUAAAACAAAUGCAGAUAGAGCUGCAGCAGCAACAGGCUGUCCUGAGCAAGGAGGUCCAGGACCUGAAGGAGACCCUGGAGUUUGCAGACCAAGAGAAUCAGGUUGCUCACCUAGAGCUGGGCCAGGUUGAAUGUCAGCUGAAAACCACGCUGGAAGUGCUCCGGGAACGUAGUCUACAGUGUGAGGAUCUCAAGGACACUGUAGAGAACCUGAAGGCUAAAUUGGCUAGCAUUGUAGCAGAGAACCAGGAACAAGACCUGGAGAAGACACGCCAGUAUUCCCAUGAGCUGGGGGUGCUAACUGAGCAACUACAGAGCCUGGGCCUCUUCCUACAGAAAAAACUAAAGGAGAAGGCUGAACCAGAACCCCUUUCAAUGAACACAGCUUGUGCUCCUGCCUGGGAACAGCCUCCACCCAAUAACACCGCCUUCUUGGGAAGCAUCUUGACAGCAAGGACCGAUGAAGAGCCAGAGACCGCUCCCGUGCCCUUGCUUGGAAGUGACAAGAGUGCUUUCACCCGAGUAACAUCCAUGGUUUCCCUGCAGCCUACAGAGACCCCAGACAUGGAGAAGAGCCUGGCAGAAAUGCAUAUUGUGACUCUUGAGCUUCAGAGUCUGUGUUCCCUGCUGCAAGAGUCUAAAGAAGAAGCUGUCAGGACUCUGCAGCAGAAAAUCUGUGAUCUGCAGGAUAGGCUGCAGGCCCAGGAAGAACAGCAUCGGGAGGCCCAGAGGACAAAGGAAGCAGACAUAGAAAAGCUGAACCAGACCUUGUGUUUGCGCUACAAGAAUGAAAAGGAGCUCCAGGAAGUGAUACAGCAGCAAAAUGAGAAGAUCCUAGAGCAGAUAGACAAGAGUGGCGAGCUCAUAAGCCUCCGAGAGGAAGUAGCCCAGCUUACCCGCUCACUUCGGCGUGCAGAGACAGAGGCUAAAGUGCUCCAAGAGACCCUGGCAGGCCAGCUGGACCCCAACUGUCAGCCCAUGGCCACUAACUGGAUCCAGGAGAAAGUGUGGCUUACCCAGGAGGUGGACAAGCUGAGAGUGAUGUUCCUGGAGAUGAAAGACGAGAAGGCACAACUGAAGGUCAAGUUCCAGAGCCAUAGAAGCAUCCUGGAGGAGAACCUCCGGCUUUCUGACAAGGAGUUAAAGAAACUAGAUGACAUUGUACAGCAUAUUUAUGAGACUCUGCGGUCCAUUCCAGAGGUGGUGAGGGGUUGCAAGGAGCUACAGGAAUUGCUGGAAUUUCUAAGCUGA